UUUUGCACCAGGAUGUUAACGUUUUUUUUUUUUUUUCUGCUGUAAAUUUGGGCAUUUUAACGUGGGAAGUCUAUGGGACUGUCUCCCUAUUUCUGCCAGCCUCAAGCGGCCAGUCAAUGAAUUGCAGUUUUAGUCACUUUCUUGUUGGCUUUACGACAGAGAGCAGGAGGUUGCCGCUUGGUAUAGACAUAGAAAUUAAAAUGUCAAAAUCCAUCAAAUUGCUCAGUCUUCAAUACAACCAGAUUAAUGAAAGCGAUACUUUUUCUAGUGGGGAUAUUGUGGAGGGACGAGUUGUUUUGGAGGUUAUCAAAGAAAUAAAGGUGAAAAGUUUUUUUGUGAAGCUGACGGGGGACGCACAUGUGAGCUGGACUGAAGGCUCAGGUGACGACGAAACAUCCUACAGCGACCACGAGAGAUACUUCAAACUAAAGCAAUACUUCAUUCAAGAGAGCUCGAAGAAAGAUGGACCAGUGAUUAGCCCAGGAUGUCAUGUUUUUCCAUUCAGAUUUCAGCUGCCUCAACAAGAUAUGCCUCCAUCUUUUAAAGGAAUGCAUGGCUGGGUUAAGUAUGUCUUGACAGUAAAGCUGAGCAGGCCUUGGAAGUCAACAUCUGCUGCACAGACAGAAUUAAACUUUGUGCUGAGAAAUUAUGGGACCAAUGAUCAUUUACUGCAACCACAAUCUGGCACAGAGGACAAGAAGAUAAAACUUUUUGGCUCAGGAAAAAUGUCACUGGCUGUAAAAGCAGAAAAAACUGGCUAUAUGCAAGGUGAAACGAUAAGAGUUUUUGUCGACAUUGACAACUCUUCAUCUCGUAACGUCAGGCUAAAGUACAGCCUCAAGCAGCUACAAACGUUCAUCGCUGACAAGAGCACUAAUAGAGGAUUCAAGUAUAUAGUCAAAGAGACUAGAGAUCGCAUUCCUUCUGGAGAAAAGUCAAAAUUCAUAGUGGAUAUAAAGCUUCCACAUGACCUGACUGUCACCUUUGAAAACUGCAGAAUUCUAAAAGUGCAGUAUGAACUCAAGGUAUAUCUGGAUGUUUCUUUUGCCUCAGAUCCAGAAGUCAAAUUUCCUGUGGUCAUUCUUCCAGCUGGACAACAGUGUCCUCCCUGGCAAGGCCAACCUGGAGGAUUCCAGCCAUAUCCACCACCUCAGCCUAACCUUGUGCCUUAUCCUGGUGAACUACCUCCUCCACCUGCAGGACUUUACCACAAUCUGUAUGACCCUACAGUGCUGCCCUUUCCAGGAACUGCUGCAGGGGUCUAUCCAAAUCCACAUGCCAUCCAGCCUGGUUUCCUUCUGGCUCCUUCUGCACCAGUUUAUGAUCCAAAUCAAAGCACUAAAGAAUCGACUCCUAAUGUGCCUUAUUAGUCUCCUUUACCAGCCAAACCUCUGAGCACCAUUUAUGCUGUCAAUGAGUACUUAAUGUCUACAUGCCUACUAUCAGAAAGCUCAGUUCGUAUCAUUGUGCCUUUUAAACUUUUUGUUUUCCUGUAGUUCAACUUGUAGAGCACUGCGCUAGCAAGCAAGAGCAAGGUUGGGGGUUCGAUUCCCCGGGAACACAUGAUAUGUAAAAAUUGAUAGCCUGAAUGCACUGUAAGUCGGUUUGGAUAAAAGCGUCUGCUAAAUGCAUAAAUUUAAUUUUUUAAUUUAAUUUAAUUUAAGUUUAACACAUUUUUUAUUUCACAGGGAAUGUAUAUACUUUAUGUAGCCCUUCCCCCUUUCAGCAUUGCACUCACUGUUUUCUGUCUUCAGUUUAAAUUUAUACAGCAUAAGGCUAAGAUCUUAUGGAUUUACAGUGCCCUCCAUAAGUAUUGGAACAGUAAAGACAAAAUUGCUUUCUCUGCUGUGGAAUCGAGACAUUUGCAAAUAUGAUUAAAAGAUGAAUAUGCGACAAAACAGAAUGUCACAUUUUAUUAUUAGGUCUUUCGACAAAUACAUGUUUUACCAAGUAAAAAGGACAGCACUUUUAGAGUUCAUCCCACUAUUUGAUGUGAGCGUAAGUAUUGGAACAGUUGAAUUUAAGGCAGAUGUACAAGAUUAAAAGCUAAUAUUUAGUUGCAGAUCCCUUGCAUGCAAUCAGAGCAGUGAGUCUGCAACCCAUAGACAUCACCAGACUCUUGGUCUUAUGCUUUGAAAUGCCUUUCUACAACCUGUAAUGCAGCCAAUUCCAGCUGUUGCUUGUUUGGGGGAGUUUCUGUCUUUAGUCUUCUCUUUAGCUGGUGAAAUUAAUGUUCAAUCUGAUUUAAAUCUGUAGAUUGAUUUGGGCAAUCUGUGGCAAGUGUGCACACAAGACUGCACACUUUCUGAAAUCCUGUACGUUAAAGGGGGGGUGAAAUGCUCGUUUUCACUCAAUAUUCUGUUAAUCUUGAGUACCUAUAGAGUAGUACUGCAUCCUUCAUAACUCCAAGAAGUCUUUAGUUUUAUUAUAUUCAUAAGAGAAAGAUAGUCUGUACCGAUUUUUCGCAGAAAAACACGACCGGCUGGAGGCGUGACGUGUGGGCGGAGCUAAAGAAUCACGAGCGCGAGUAAGCUUUUGCGUUGAAAGCGUUUGGAAGCUGUGACAGCUGUGAAGGCUGAAACUGAACGAGAGCAGCAGCAGCAACGACUCGCUCCAAGCGGGGCUCGAACCCGGGUCUCCAGCAGGGGAGGGGGACGCACUAACAAGGAGGCAGAGAUAUUUUAAGCAGUUUUACUCACCGCAUGCGGUUCCAACACACGAUCGUGACCCUUUUUCGUUGGGACUGCAUUAUCCUUAAGAAAUAAACGAUGUGCAAAUCCGGCGUCAAACUGGGCCUUGUUUGUAACAAAAACACUUGCACAACUCCGUUGAUGCUCUGUAAAAAUAAACUCCAUCCACUGGUCCCUUAAUGCUGUUUUUUUUUGGUAAUCUAUGCAAGAUUGUCUUGCCCUGGCAACCAAAAACACACUCCUUUUGUGACAUUUCGCGACGCUCUCGCUCUUUAUCAGUGAAUGCCUGUUGUGCUCUCAGUGCUUGGCUAUACAGGAGCGCGCGCUCUUCCGGCAGAAGUGCCCUUGUAAGGAAAUUCCGUUCCAUCUAACGUCACACAGAACCAUACUCGAAAAAAACUUUCCGAAACUUGUGACAAACCGGAAGGAGUAUUUUUGGAACAAAAAUACUCAUUCAAACGUACAACUUAAUUUUUGAAACUUUGUCCAUGUUGGGAAUCCAACUCUAUAACAGUGUAAAAAACUCAGUAUGCAUGAAAUAGCAUUUCACCCCCCCUUUAAGGGAUACGCGGUCCGCUUCAUUCCCUUUCUUUGAAUUGGUUAGACCUUGGUUCCUUGGGCAGCACUCAGCCAGUGUGUCUUAAUUAAUACACUUUAGGCAUCGCUUCGCUCAACAUGAGUAUUUGGGUGAUUGCCGUAGUAGUUUAGCAGUGCUCCCCUUUACCAAAAAAGGUUGCCUAUGAGUGCGCUAAUUAAGACUUUAAAUUUGUUUGCCCUGAUAAAGUCCUUGACUGAAUUGGCAGGGUGUUUUGGGUCAUUGUCCUGAUCCAAUAUGAAGUGCUUCCUAAUGAGUUUGGUGGCAUUUUCUUGAAUAUUGGUAGCCAAGAUGAUUUUGUACCUUUCCAAAUUCAUUCUGCUAUUGCUAUCAUACAUUAAAUCAUCAUUAGAAUUAAGAGGUCCUGUUCUAGAGACACCCAUGUAUGCCCAAACCAUGACUCCACCUCCACCAGGCUUUACAGAUGUAUGCUUAGGAACAUUUGCAGUUCCAUUUUUUUCUCCACACUUUUGCUUUCCGAUCACUUAGAUAAAGGUUAAUCUUUGUCUCAUCUGUCCAUCAACUCAGUUCCAAAACUCUGGCUCACAUUUAUGAAGAAUCUUGUCUUUCUAUUUUUGGUAAUGAUCAGAGGUUUGCAUCUUGCUGCACUCAAAAAAAAAAAAAAAAUCUUGCCACAAUUGCCACUGUCAAAACUAUUAGAUUUAAUCAGUUAAACAUUAUGGAUAGGAUUUAAGUACAUCUGGCUCUGAAACAAGUCAGAUCCAAUUAGUUAAAUUGUAUGAGAUAGGUUUACAUACAAAUGGAAUCGUUUACCAUACUGUUGGUGGUAUUGCACAGUGAGCUGUGUAAAGUGGCUUUGGUAAUGAACGGGCAAGUUCAAAAAAGGCAGCGCCAGAAGAAGCGUUCGUUUGAUUCUCCUAACUAUUUUGCAUUAGAGCAGCCUGGAUCAUAAUCUGUUUACAAGGUAAGAUAUAUAUUCUAUUAACUUAGUGUAUAUUAUUUGAUAGGUUUCAUUGUAUUAUUACAAUGAAAGUAUUAUAUACAUGUAUUAUAUACACAUAUUAUUAGUGUGGUUGCUAAAAUCAAUGCACUGACUGUUUUUUUUCUUUCACUAGCUAACUGAUGGUACUAAUUAGGGCUGGGUUGAAAUCCAUUUUCGAUUUUAAUCGUUUCUCAUUGUUACAGUGAUCUCAGUGUAAAUCCUAAGAAUCACUAGAUGCUGUUUUCACUUGAUGCAUGAACAAAACUUAAUGAAACAUAAUAAAUCAAGUUUUGUUACUUGUGAUAUGAAACAAAGUGUCAAAUUUAAGAUUCCGCCAAUUGUAUCACUAAAGAUGAAGUGUAAAUACUUGUUUGGUGUUAAAUGUAAGGUAAAAAAUGAUUUUAGCACCUCCGUAUAAGCAGCGGUGAAGAACUCACGUGAAUCAUCAUCUCUUUCUCUUUACUUAUAGAUACCACAGCAAAUAAACAUGAAUGAUCAACAGAGGUCACAUCACAGAUCACAGAAUCACAUCUCACAUCAUCUUUUAGGUAUGUCCCUGAAAAGCCAUUGAGUGAGUAUAAACUCUAAACUUUUUAGAAAAAAUAAAUAAAUAAAAAAUGGUAUUUUGCUAAAUAUGUGCACAGUGUCACUCUUGGGUGUUUGAUGCUUUUUGGACUGAUUUAUGUGCUUAACUGAAGCUAUGCAAAGAAGUUCAAGUGCACAUUUGAAGAAAAUCCUGGAUACAACCAAGCUAUAACCAAAUAACUCUUAAAGGUGCCAUGUGCAAAAAUUGAGGUAAAAAUAACCAAAAAAUGACCUACACGCAUCAAAAGAAUGAGAAGAAAUAAGGGU